GUAGUAGCCUUCACGCUGCAUCCGGGGCACACAGCUCCAUGGAGACGCAGUGAGUCCGUGCGGCGGAGACGAGAAGCCGAAGUAAAGUAACCGGGGGAGGGUCGUCCACGGGAGGGGGUCUCUGCGCGAGUCACAAUGCGUCUUUCACGGUGCUGAGCGGUCGCGGUGAACGAUGAGCCAACUUCGCCGGUCGCCUCCGAGCGGAGUGAGCCACUCUUGAGCCCCCGAAGACACGAGUCCCUCCUGGCGGCGGCGGCGGCGGCGGCGGGGCAGAGAGCGAGAGAGCGAGCAUGAAGACGCCGAGCGCCCCGCUCCCUGUUGUCGGCUUGACUGGGAAAUGGUAGCGUGCUGUCGGGACCGCAACUGGGAGGGAACAUGGUCGAGAGGAGCAGCAAAUUCUUGUUGAUCGUCGUCGGAUCCGUGUGUUUCAUGCUGAUCCUCUAUCAGUACGUGGCCCCCGGGGUGAUCAAUUUCGGCUCCCCGCACGGCUAUUUCGCGGAGGAGGACGAGGGGGACAUCUUCCCCACUCCGGACCCCCACUACGUGAAGAAGUACUACUUCCCCGUCAGGGACCUGGAGCGCACGAUCGAUUUCCAAAUCAAGGGGGAGGACGUGAUCGUGUUCCUGCACAUCCAGAAGACCGGCGGGACGACGUUCGGCCGGCACCUGGUGCAGAAUGUGCGCCUGGAGGUCCCGUGCGACUGCAGGCCGGGCCAGAAGAAGUGUACCUGCUACCGGCCGAACCGCAAGGAGACCUGGCUCUUCUCGCGGUUCUCCACCGGCUGGAGCUGCGGCUUGCACGCCGACUGGACCGAGCUCACCAACUGCGUGCCGGGGGUCCUGGACAAGAAGGAGAGCCAGCAGAAGAACCUGAGGAAGUUCUACUACAUCACCCUGCUGCGCGACCCCGUGUCCCGAUAUCUCAGCGAGUGGAGGCAUGUGCAGCGGGGAGCCACGUGGAAAACCUCCCUCCACAUGUGCGAUGGACGGACCCCGACGCCCGAGGAGCUGCCCUCCUGCUACGAGGGCUCCGACUGGUCGGGGUGCACCCUGCAGCAGUUCAUGGACUGUCCCUACAACCUGGCCAACAACAGACAGGUUCGCAUGCUGGCAGACCUGAGCCUCGUCGGCUGCUACAACAUGUCCACUGUCCCAGAGAAGAAGAGGGCCCAGCUUCUCCUGGAGUCGGCCAAGAAGAACCUGCGAGACAUGGCCUUCUUUGGUCUGACAGAGUACCAGAGGAAAACCCAGUUCCUGUUUGAGCGAACCUUCAGGUUGCGCUUCAUCAGGCCCUUCAUGCAAUACAACAGCACCCGGGCGGCUGGGGUGGACCUGGAUAAUACCACGGUCCAGCGCAUAGAGGAGUUGAACGAGCUGGACAUGGAGCUCUACGACUACGCCAGGGACCUGUUCCAGCAGCGCUACCAGUACACCAGGCAGCAGGAGAGGCGGCAGCAGCGCAUCAAGCACCACUUGCAGCAGAGCCACCAGGGCCUGGGUCUGGGCGUCAGCCUGUGGCCCUCCCACAGCCGGCAGAGCGCCGUGUCGAUGCUGGAGGACGGCGAAGGGGAGCGGGAGGAGGGCGAGGAGGGGGGGAGAACGGAGGAGGCGGGCAGCAGGCUCCCCACUGAGGACUACAUGAACCAGAUCAUCAACCGCUGGUAGCAGCAGAAUGAGAACAAACACACAGACACGCAUAUCUAAUGUGAAAUGCAUACACAUAUAUGUACACAAACACACACUCACUGACAAACACAGAAAGUGGCACCUGCAUCAAAGAGCCCAAUGAAUGACAAAGACUUAACCAGAGAGUUGGGCCGCAGGAAUGAGAGUCCAAGCGGUUGCUACGGAGACCAGGGCUUGGUCGAUUGCAUCAGCUCAUGUUAGUGAGGUUUUCCCAGUUGUUAUUAGCACCCGCUUACCCUUUACCCCCCCCGUCUGAGUUUCUCUGUCUCGCUCGUCAUCAUUACUGACUGAGCAGAGGAGAGAUAUAUUCACGAGUUGCUGACAACUGAGUAUCUCAUCCAUCCCUCCUCCUCCUCCCCCUCGUCCAGCUGUGCUCCUCUCGUUCUCUGUGGCCUGAUAUGGAGCAUGAGAAAAAUAAAAAUCAAGUCUGUGAAUUCCCGCUAACCCUCGCUAAGGACCAGUCCACUUCCUGGUUGCUCCGAUUUCAAAAGACAGUGGGAGAGAAUAUGAAAGUGUGCGAAAUCAGCUGAGCUGAACAAAGAAAAAUGGUGGGAAUACGUGAGAGACUGUACCGCAAAGAAAGAAGUUGGACUGAGUUGUGUAAUAAAGCUUUCUGCUUAAAAAGAAGAAAAAAAUCAGCCAUUUCACCCAUGAACACACUUUGCUCAUGAAAUAGUGACUCAUUCUCAUUUAGGAUGAUUUCAUUUGUAUUUUCCUUUUGUGUUUUUUGCUUUUUUUAAAGCAGAAUUGUAAUAACACUGAGACCAAUAUUGCUGCCUAAAGAAAAGUGAUUCCUUUAUUUUUGUUUUUGUUUUGUUUUAUAUAAGUCAAAGAUAGUGGAUUGGAUUGACGUACAAUGGACCAUAGCCAUUACUGAAGCCUUGUAUCUUGGGGGCAAAAAGACAACAAAAGUGUCCUGUUUCUCUGUUUAAAGGCUCCCGAAGCUCCUGUCGCUUAACAAGUUCAUUAUUUCACCUCUUCUCUCCCUUUUUUUUCCCACCGCGUCUCAGUCCUGUGGAGAUUGACAGCCAAUUACAGACCCCAAUCUCACAUAUACUGUAGGUGCGAAGGAAUCAAAGGGAGCGAGAGGAGGGAGAGGAGACGGUCGGCUGCAGGUUGUUGCCAGGAACCGUGCUGUGUGAGCGGCGAGCGCUUUGGAAGCCUUGACUCAGACAAAUGCUCGAGAUGGGACUUGUGGAACUACUGGUCACCAUGGCAAUGUGAGCCCUUAAUGUAGUGGGUGGCAUUUUCAGUUUCUUUUUUUUUUUUUCUUUCCCUGCGUUGUUAAAGCGGCAGUGUCAAACAAGCCUCCGUCCCACCUGCUGAACGGGCGCACACGGCGCUGGUGACCUGUAGUUCAUCAGCGUGUCCGGUAUUUCAUCUGGCUUUCCCCUGAGGAACAGACGGGGCGAGGUAGCAGUGCCUCUUUGUACUGGGAUCAUAGUCAACAUAAUUAUUGACAGGUUAUUGUAUCUGCAUUAUACUACAGUAAAUUCUCUGACUACUUGUGAGUGUGUGUGAUCCGCGUGCGUGCGUGCGUGUGUGUGUGUAAAUAGUAUGUACAGUAUGCCUUCGAUUGGCGUAUGUGUAUGCCUUUGUAAAUAGUGUGCCUGACUGAGAGAGGAUGUCUAAUGAGUUUUGUGAAUGACUGGAUUCAUGACCAAUUAUCUUGCCAUUUCAUGGUGGUGGAGGCAACAAAGUCCCUCUGGCGGCCAAGCCAGUUAUACUCCCCUCUGCCCUUUCCCUAACCAUUUUCUCCCCCCUCCCCCUUCUCUUGUCUCCUCCCCAUGACUUGGUAACCAAUUUAAUCUUUUUUUUUACUAUUAAUACCUAAAAUCUUAACCGACAUUAAAACAAAUUACGUUACACGUCUUUUUACUCUAUGCAGCAGAAUGUACAAGCAGGGUUGGGUCGCGAUAUUCCGGUUAGGAAAUCAAACUAUCCACACACAGAUUCUAAAAUUAAUAAUAAUUUCGUGAGACAGCGAAAAUGAAACUUUGACUGUUUGUCUGCAAUCCAUUGUCCUCACUUGGCCAAAGAUGGUUUGUUAGGGAACAGACACUCUGUGAACACCGCGCCUUAUCUGUGAGUGGACUGUGUGGUCAUCAUCAGCAGGACCAGCAGAGUGGCAACACUUCUCUACAGAAACAAGCUUGUUAACAUCUUGUUGCAUUCAGGAGGAUCUCUGCGGUUUCUCCUUCAGCUGCCGCCGCUAACAAAAGGUGAAUACAGAUUAAUCUCUAACUAAAGCUGCUUGAAAAUACUAAAAUCCAUACCUGGUUAGAUUCAAUGCUGCUUUCUGAUUCCCCCCCCCCCCCCCCCCUAUCAACAAACAAAUAAUCUGAGCAAUAAAAGGAGACAAACCAAAGGGGAAGGUGGAGAAUAGUUUUUCAAAGUGUGAAAAGGAAAAGGAUAUGUCACAGAGCAAUUGAAUCAAACUGAAUUGUCCAGAUUUAUUGUCCUUCAUGAGGCAAUUGGCGGAUGCAUGCAGGCAAACUGCUUCCCUUGUAUCGCCAUAAACAACAUGUUGCAUCCUGUUGUUAACAAGUUUUUUUUGUUUUGUUUUUUUAAAUAAAAAGGGAGGACAGCAGUUUAACAGCCCACCAUCGCUCUCGUUUCAUUUCAGCUAAUCACCCUGGAUGCUCUCUUUUUUAUCUACUCUUUUAAAAAUAGGGAUGAUUUAUGAAGGGAAGAGAAGAAUAAAGGAGGGGAUGAUGAAAGGUAUUGGGACACAUCCAGAGUCAAUAUUCUGCUUUUCUUGUGUAACCUUCAAAGCAAUGCAAUAGGGAUGAAGAAAAUGGAUAUGGAGAGAGAGAGAGAGAUGCCCCUUUAUUUUUUUCACCCAAACUUCCCCUUCAUCAUAGUCUUGAAACUGGAGACUUGAAAACACCGCAGCUCCGGGCACUUUGCCCAAAAGCUUGUCGGACUUGUAUUAGACCACGUUCGAGCUCCAAAGCAAUAUCUGACUUUUCAUUAGUGACUAACCACAGAAAACAAAAACUGAUUCUUUAUUUUGAGAGUGUUUUUGUUUUCAGCGCUCCAGUUUCGAGUGACCGUCGGCUUUUGAAGCAGUCCUCAAAGAUACCUGAACAGUGUGUGAAAGGAAAAAAAACUCAUUUUGCUGAGAUUAUUCCAGAAAUUGAUGCUGUAAAGCUAUACUCAAAAUAUUUUAUGUCUCAUCAAUAUAUAUAUCUGAUGUCUUAACAGCGUUUCCUUCGUGACCAUGAAGCAACCCAGGUGUCACAAGCAUCGUCAUCUUUUUAUUUUAUUUUUUUAUAAAGUGUUAAAGAGGGUGUGAUAGACUUGUUUUGUUUUGUUUCUUUUGGAUUGGUGUGCAGUCUGUCUCUGGCUCUUUCUGUAUGCAUAAUUCUGGGUUUGUUUCUCAUGAUUGCAAAAAUGAAUCAUCAAGCCACCAAUUAAAAUAUUUCAUUUUUACA